GACUUGGCAACGUCCGCCACAUCCGCGGCAGAAGCGGCGACGCCUCCUCGGUGGCGUUCGCUUACAAGAACCCAGCUUUUGCCUUGCACAUUUGUGGCUUCCCUGGACAUAAUAGCAACUAGUGGUUUUAGCUCCCAGUCGCUCAGAGCUGCCAAAGGGGUGAGAAGUCAUCUGGAAAGUCUUUUAAAAAGCCCGAAUCGCACUGAUUCACAAGACCAUUUGGUUUCUCCUGAGGUACUUUGAAAAUCUGCACCGCACUCAGGUCCUGGUCCAGGUGCACGGUGGAGAAACCCAGGGGAUAAAAACCAAGACUGAACCUGCAGAUCAAGUGCAAAGUAGAAACUGAAAGUACGCUACCGGCUGAUUCUACGGAAGUUAUGGAAAAGGAAAACCGGAGAGCCGGGCCGUGAUGUGUGCCGCCCCUGGGAUGGAUGAACCGGCAGGCGCCGCGUGGGAGAGAGGAACCAGCUGCCCAGACUGCCCUGCCCAGCACCGACUCCUGGCAAGUCCACGGAAGACUGGGUUUCUGGGCUUGAUUAUGGGUGGCGAGAGCUUGCUCCUGCUGCAGUUGCGGUCAUCAUGACUAUGCCCGCCUCCCGCAGACCAUGUUCCAUGUUUCUUUUAGGUAUAUCUUUGGAAUUCCUCCCUUGAUCCUUGUUCUGUUACCAGUAACUUCAUCUAAUUGUCAUCUUAAAGACAAAGAAGGUAAAGGAUAUGAGAAUGUUAUAAUGAUCAGCAUCGAUGAAUUGGAGAAAAUGCUAGACAUUGAUAGCAAUUGCCUGAAAAAAGAACUUAACUUUUUUAGGAGACAUUCAUGUGCUGACAAAAAGGAAGCUGCUUUUCUAAAUCGUGCUGCUUACAAAUUGGAGCAAUUUGUUAAAAUGAAUAUCACUACGGAUUUUGAGCUACAUUUAUUAAAAGUUUCACAGGCCACAUUCAAACUGAUAAACUGCACCAAGGAAGAAAGUAUUUCAAAGGAAACGAAAAAGAAUGACCGGUGUUUCCUAAAAACACUAAUACAAAAGAUAAAAACUUGUUGGAAUAAAAUUUUGAGAGGGCAAUAAAGGACACUGGAAAAUAUGAGUGGAAUACAUGAACUGUGGUUGCAACCUCCAGCAGUCUUAGCGGCUUAUGCAAUUUGGGGGAGUAGAAAGCUUCCUAGAAGUUACUGAAGGCAACCUGGUAAAAAUAAUGAGAACAACUGAGAAACUGACAUUAUAGUACUAGAAGACUGACAUAAACAACGGAAACUGAACACUGCAGUCAACAAACUAUUUCCUAGGUAUGUGGACAAAUACCAAUCAGUAUUGUCUAUACUGAUUUUGUAAGAAAAUCCACAUAAAGUUUCGUGUGCAAUAAAGCUUGGAAAACCUGUUUAAAUAUUUCAGAAGACAUCAAAUCUAUGCAGUAUAUAAAGGAAAUAAGGGUUAAAUUAGCAUCAUUUUAUUAUCAGAAGAAUUGUAUGUUCCACCAUGCAUCAGUGUACCACAUUAAGCAUAAAGAUUGUCAUCAUCUGCACUAGAGAUGUUUUAGGAUUAACAGUGAUGGAAUAAUGCUCAUGAGAACAAGAGAAGUAUAUACUUUAAAGAAGUAGCAACAUAAAGAAGCCAAAAAUACUUCGGAGAGACAUUAAGAAAUGUAUUUAAAUGUGACUGUAUAUAGCACAGUACCCGUAAUAAAUGGUAUAGCAAAUAUUUU